AUGUCGCUCAAUGGGCUAGAUUCCCCCUCGGUCGUGGAAGCCUACCAGAAUGCGUUGGCCGAUGCGGGUGGAUGGUUCUUAUUACACUAUACGGCCCGAGAUGAGGUCGCUCUCCUGGAUCGAGGGACCGGCGGAGUACCCGACGUUCGCAAUGCGGUCGAUCACUACGAUGAAUGCUCGCCGUUGUACGGCUUCUUGCAUUACCGGAGACGAAAAGUCAUUCUGCGAUACAUGCCCGAGGGAUUGUCUCGGCUGAUACUUGGUAUGAAUUCCAUCGGGAGGCCGAUGAUCGGGCGCACAUCACUGACGGAGACCUCUCUCACCACAGCGCGGAGCAACGUACAAUUUCAAUCGAUCCUCGACAGGUUUACGCCUCACGAUACUGUCCUUCCGAUCGCCUCGGUGUCCGACCUCAACGAGAGCGCUCUCUCGUCCGCGUGCCUUCUCCACACGGCCUCAGGGUCGGCACUCUCGGCAUCCAACUCGGUGCGGGGCCGCCGGUUGAUGGAGAUCACGGAAGAUGUGGAGGAGAAUUUCCCCAGGGAAGAAAGGGAAGGGCAGAGCGGCGUCGACAGGGUGUCGCAAGUGCAGCGACCAUCGCCUUCUCUACAGAUCACCGAGAGUCAACAGCCAGAGGCAACCCUCGUGCCACUCCCCUCCACCCCGUCGCAUCACGUCGAGAUCUCAUCUCCAGAUCUGCCAGUUCCUCCCUCGCGAGCCAGUUCUCGGUCUCCGCUCUCCUACAGGAACCCGGAGGAUUCCCACGAACGCACGCCAUCCCCAAUGUCUCCCCGAUCGCCUGGGUCGACGACCUCCGAGCGGCCCCGGUACCAAAACAUUCUCGAUGAAUUCCCGCGUCCGUCGGAUGACAUCCGAAUGUCCUCGCAGUCGGCACGUCCCUCGUUGCGCGAGCUCGAGCGCGCGGCCGGGCACGCACACAAGGUCAAGCUGGGCCCACGUCCGGUCGUUGAUGCAAGCGGGCGACCACGCACCUCCGGGAGCUCUCGUACCAAUCCAGACCAGCGACCAGUGGCCCCCAUGCCCGCCGGCCUGCGAUCGUCCUCCGUACGAAAGCCGUCCCCCAGUGUCCCCGACGUGCCCCGUCCGCGUUCGCAGGGGAGCGCCUUUGCAACCAAACCGAGCAGUCGAGCACCACCAGUGCCGCCUUUGCUGGUCCCUCCUGCGUCCGCGCCCCUGUCGAGACCGCCCCUCUCUCCGGGGGCAAAGUCCCUCGGUGCGCUGUCCACCUCAUCUGGGCUGACCCCCGAGAAAGAAAGGUUGAUGAAAGCCCUCCAACAACGGAAGAGGCAGAUGGCCAAGCGAGCGGAGCAAACGAAACACAAGGCAGAAGGGCAGGAGCAUAUGGCGACAUCCACGUCGGCAGAUUCAGUGGGGGAGAAGAAGCUCACUUCGUCUCAAGGCUGGGGCGCAAGUGAAGGCCCACCUUCCUCAGUGCAGAAUGACUCCAACGCAACGCAGGUGAUCUCAAUCUAUGUGGAUCGAGACAUCACUACAUCGCAUCUGGCCCCCACGGGCUCCCCCUCCGCGGUCAUCGACGAACCCCCAGUGCGACCCGGAGGUACGACUUCAGCAAUGAGUACUGAAUCCCAGUCUCCCCCGGAAGGAGCGCCCCCUCAGCCGUCCGUCCCCAUGGAUAUCGUUGAAGCGAGAACGGACAUGGCCUCGUCACCCGUCGUGUCGAGCGAUGACCCGGCGCUCAACCGCGAGACACCUGUCUCUGACGCUGACUGCCACUCUUUGGGCAAGUCGGGUCCCAGUGCUGACACGACAUGCUCCGCCGAUCGCGCAGAAAUGCCCCCAGAUAUCACCAAGGCCGCAUCGCGCAUGUCUCCUGAAAUUGAGGUUUCUGAGCCUGAAGCGCGCGCGGAGCACACCGAAUCCACCCUCUCCGGUCCAAUAGACGCUCAGGGCGACCGAGUCCCACCUAGCGCCCACGUUGAGGUCCCACUCACCGAGGAAGCAGCCAACAUUCCAACCCCGACGCCAGCUCUCGAACAGACUUCCCCUGUCCAACCACCCACGAUAGUCCCAGUCCUUAACAGGGACCAGAGGGACGAGAAUUCCGCCGAGGCAGGCCUCGCACAAGUUGACCGCACCAACCACCCCGAUCUUCUCCUUGUGGUGGAGCCCUGCAGCAACCCCACAGUCGCGCCCGUGGAGGUCUCUGUCGAGCCUGUCUGGCAAGACCAGAACCAGCACGCUUCUGAGGAGCAAUUGAAUUCGACGACGACCUUGACCUCGACCGCGACCGCGACGCCUACAGUUCCCCCCUUGAACCACCGACGCAAAAAUUAUUUGGAGCCGAUUCACGUCUCGGCACAAGAAUUCUCCGACGAGGACGGCCUUCUCUCGGAUGAUUCGUUCAUGGAGGAACUAAGGUCAGCCACCGUCGAGGAAGCCAGACCGGUUUCGGUCAAGUCCCCCAAUGGCGGGGAUCAACCCUGGAAGGGUCCUCGUGCGGCUUCCGGACCUCAUAUACCAUCCACCUCUGCCGGUCAACCUUUGAUGGUCGGUCGAUCCGCUUCAAGCUCCCACGUCGAGAGGGGGCUGCCGACUCCGGUCCUAGUGGCGAAGAAGAUCAACGUCUCGUCCGGCAUCUCCAGCCGCAUCAAAGCCUUGGAAAAAUUCUCCAGUCGUGAAGGCACGCCCUCCGGGUCGAAUCUCGUGCCAGGUCCGUCCGCGUCCUCGUCAUUUGAAGAGUUACGCAAACGCGCGUCGAUCCAAGUCCCCCACGGCACCACCCUGCCGGAUUUCUCUCGUGCGCCCAGUGUCAAUCAUCACGAUGCGCGCCCGGUGUCGGCGGCGGCUCAUCGCCGAACGACCUCGAUCUCGGUGACGGCUCGGAUCGUCCGCGAUAGCAGUGCCUCGCCCGAUUCCUCUGGCGUGGAGCCGUCCGAGUCGGAGGUCCUCAAUCUUCAACCGAGCGCCUUGACUGUUGAGCAACAUGAGGUUUUGGACACAGAAUCACCGGAUCUCACGGCUCCCGAGCCCCCCACGGCAGCGGUACCCGUCGAGGCCCGUACGAUGUCCAUGUCGUCCGCUGGAUCCUAUUUCCAACCUAGCCCCGUGUCUCGUCCUGCCAGUCGCCUGUCUAUCUCGUCACGGUCCAAGACCGAAGAGAACGUGAUUUCUGUCUCCCCGCCAGAUGAGAAGAAAGGCUCCCGUGCCUCUCGACUGAUGCGCCGGGUCUCCUCGAUCACGUCGACAUCUCGCCGCAACAUCAUCGGGGCGCUAAGCUCACCCGUGAAGGAGGAACACGCGGCCGUCUCCCCUCCAGAGGAGACGGUCAUCUCAGCUUCUUCCUCGCGCCAGACCUUGUCCGAGCCCAUUGACAUUGGUGAGGUCAACGUGCAAUUUCCCGGGACCUUGCUCUGGAAGCGCCGAUUCAUGCGCAUUGACGGGGACGGAUAUGUGGUUUUCACCCCUGGCACUCAUGAUACCAGUGCUCGCAACAUGGUAAAGCGCUACCAUUUGUCGGAGGUUCGGGCGCCUUGUCUGCCCGAUGAGGACAUGCAGGAGCUCCCCAAUAGCAUCUUGCUCGACUUUUUGGAUGGCAGUUCAUUGCAGUGCGCAUGUGAGUCUCGGCAGGGACAGGCCUGGACUUUACAGAUACUUAUCAACAAUGACUUGACCACUGAGCAAACUCUCCUUCGCCGUGACCGAGAUCAUUCUCUCUUCCAUCAACUUUGA